AGAAAUCUCUCUCUCUCUCUCUCCAUAUAUAUAUAUAUAUAUAUAUAUAUAUCUUCUACAGGAAAGAAGAAGAAGAAGAAGAAGAAGAAGAAGAUGCUUAGAAGCUCCAUCUCCAACGCAAGAAAAUUCUUCGAAAAAACCCUAGAAAACUUCAAAUCCUUCUUCUCCAAUGGCUACCAAAAACUACCCAAAAGCCAUAACACCACCACCGCCAUUAACAAACCACUAUGCACCGACCUCACAUUAUCCAUCUCCCAAAACAUCAACAUAACCCAUAACCCAGACAUCAUCAUCAUACCAUCGCCACCACCACCACCAUCACCAUCACCAUCACCAUCACCAUCACCAUCAUUGCGCAAGCAGCUUCAACUCCAUGCAAAACAAAAAAGUCCUGUAAAAAUAUGUUCAUCAAGGCCCAAGAUUCAGCUUGUUCGACAGAAGUUGGAGGAGAUAGAGACAAUGAUCGAUGUUAUGACGGCGGAGACCGAUCGUGUUUCAGAUGUUCAAGAGUUUCUCCAUUACUACUCUCGUUUACGCUGUCCCGCUUAUCUCGACAUCGUCGAACAGUUCUUCAUGGAGAUGUGCUCCGAGUUCUUGGUCCUGCAGCUCGAGCCGCCGAGAACCGCCGCAGAUUCACGGCGGAGGAAGACGGUGGUUGGAUCGAACCGCCGUUAAAAAAACCCUAAUUACGUGUUCGGUCUUCUGUUAGUGGCUCUCCUCUCUCUCUCUUUAUUGAUUCAUUGAUUAGAGAGUUCGCUUACGUGGUCGGUUUUUAUGUGUUGUGUUCUCAAAGAUUCCUAGGCAGUUUAUGUCUGAAUUUCAUU